ACAUCCGUUAUGUUAUUCGUAACAUCAAUUACGUUUGUUAACAUUUGUAGUAUUUUUAGUAGUACUUCAUUUUGGGUACAUGAUGUUUUUAAUUUUCAGAAUUUUUUAACGUUAAUGACGCAAUUGGUUAAUUCAGAAAACAAAAAAUAGUUACAAAAAAACUUAGUGUCUGUAACAAUAGUUAAACUUACAUCUUCUCAGUCAUGAUUUUUUGUUUUUCUUCCUCACAUUAAAAUUGACUCGAUAACGAGGACGUUUGUCUCACAAGUUUUAAUUCAUAUAAAAGCAGCACCACUGGAGACAUCACAUGAAGGUCUACCGGAGACGAGACAUCACAUGAAGGUCCACCAGAGACGAGACAUCACAUGAAGGUCCACCAGAGACGAGACAUCACAUGAAGGUCCACCAGAGACGCCCACCGCUGUCCAGAAGAACGUCGUCUGCCUCCAACGAUAAGAACUUUCUUGAUUUUUCCACGACGACAGCAUCAGCACAGACACUUGGUUCACUGCAGGGGGCGCUGCAGGGCCAGAUCCCGGAGCCUGCGGUUGCUGAAGCACGACGACAGCAGCAGCACAGACACUUGGUUCACUGCAGGGGGCGCUGCAGGGCCAGAUCCCGGAGCCUGCGGUUGCUGAAGCAGCACUGGAACUUCCAAGUACGUUACCAGGUCUCUUCAGGACUCAGAGGACCUAGAGACCGAGACUUGACAGACUCUACAGGAGAACAAGGGCAUUUUGAAGCCCUUAAAACCUGCUGGCUGUCACAGCACAGGGGGCGCUGGUGCAGCCUUGGCGCUCCAUCCCAGUUAUCUUCAGCCUGGAGAGAAGAAACAUCAAGAAGAAGAUCAUCCACUCACUACGUGCUGAAGAUGCUUCUUCACACUCAACAGGACCAGACACAAACCUUUAUAAAGACGUUUGUGGAUCAGCUGUGGACUGUUUUUCUUCAAAACACAGAACUCAUGAUCUUCCACAGGUCUUUCUGGUUGGUCCUUGGCGACGACAUGCUGGAGGUUUUCCAGGACAACUACCACUGAGCUGCAGGAGACCUGGAAUCACCUGCAGCUCUUAAAGCUGGAGAACAGUUUCAUUGCUGUGUGGAGACGAGAUCUGAUCCAAAUAUCACAUGUUUUAGACCUCUGUGGCUCAUUAGGCUCAGACGCUGGUCUGAGUUCCAUAAACCAGGAAAAACCUUUUGACCGGGUUGAACACCAGUACCUGUGGCAGGCCUCAUAUGAUCCAGGUCUUAGACAAAGACACACAAGUGUGGACACAAAGACACAAAAGUGUGGACACAAAGACACUAACGUGUUGACACUUAACAAUCCGUUUCUUUAUUGUUUUUUUUUCUUAUCGUUUCAAACAUUUCCGCAGGGUUUGGCUUUUUUUU